GAUUAGUCUUGAGUGAAUAGUGGCCAGGUCCUGUAUUUAAAAUGAUUGUUUUCAUCAUAUUCAUGGUAUUUUGUUUCAUUUACUGGAUUCAUAUGAGAGAUAAAAGGAUCGAAAAGCUGAUGGAACAAUUUCCCGGGCCGGUAAUGCAUCCAAUCUUCGGGAAUGUUUUCAAUUACUUCACGAGUGAUCUUCAAGAGAUGAAACGUCGUGAGUGUGAAGCGUUCAGGAAAUAUGGCGAAACAUUCCGUGUGAAAAAGAUUCGAAGCUAUGUCAUAUCGACUUCAGAUCCAAAAUUGCAUGAGAAAAUUUUGAGUAAUACGACCAAUUAUUUGGAUAAAACCAGUGACUACGAUAUCAUGAAGACCGUUCUUGGUAAUGGUUUGAUAACGAGUGCUGGCUAUCAAUGGUACAGUCAUCGAAAAAUUAUCCAGCCCGCAUUCAAUGUCAACAUUUUGAAGCAAUUUAUCGAAAUAUUUGAGCAACAGUCGAAAAUAUUGGUUGAACGAUUGAAAAGCCAUUGUAAUGGUUUGAUAGAUGUGAGCAAAUAUGUGGAACCAUUCGCUUGCGAUAUGAUAAUUGAAACGUCUAUGGGCUUAAAAUCCAAUACACAAGUGAACAAUGGUUCCGAAUAUGCGCAUUCUAUGUCAAUAUUAAAACACGUGUGUUCCAAACGAAUGAUGAGUUAUUGGAGGCGAUUUGACAUUUUGUUUUCGACUUUUGGAUAUUCUGAUAAACGAAUAUUCGAGGAUAGAAAACAGUUUGUGAAACAGUUUGCCGUCGAGGUGAUUGAGUCGCGUCGGAAGAUUUUGCUAGAAAAAAUGGACACUGAAAAAUCAAGCGAUGAAAAUAAUCCAAAUAAAAAUAUUAGAAUGUGCUUCCUUGACGUCCUUCUGCAAUCACUUAUUGAUGGAUUACCACUCUCUAAUGAGGAAAUGUUGGACGAAGUACAAUUGUUUAUGGCUGCUGGCCAAGACACGGUCACGCAAGCAAUUUCAGGGACUUUAUUUCUAUUGUCACGACACAAGCCGGUUCAAGAUAAGCUCUACGCUGAAAUCGACGAAGUAUUUGGAAAUGACAAAGAGAACACGAUAACUCAUCAACAGUUGGCCGACCUUAAAUACAUGGACAUGGUGAUCAAGGAAUCGUUGCGCAUUUUUCCAGCUAUACAAAUGAUCGGACGUAAUAUUGACCAUGAUUUGAUAUUGGACGAUGGUCGCACUAUUCCAGCUGGAGUUGAAGUUCGAUUAUGCUUCGGUGCAACGAUGAAAAGUCCAAAAUAUUUCCAAAAUCCCAUCGAUUUUAAUCCUGAUCGAUUUGCAUGUGAGGAAACCAAUCCGUUUACCUAUUCACCAUUCAGUGCGGGGAAAAGAGACUGUGUUGGCAAAAAAUAUGCAAUAUUCAGUAUAAAAAUUGCUCUCACCCGUGUGCUACAGCAUUACGAGUUGCUGGCAAUGGGCCAAGAGCCAAUUAUUCAAAAAGAAAUCAUUUCUCGAUCUAUCAAUGGUUUUCAAAUGGCCCUGAAGUUACGAACUACGCAGAAGAACUAAUUUGGCAAAUGUUUUAAGAGCAACAAGCAAAGAAUAUAUUUUUUUAGUAUAAUAAUCAAUGCGAAUGUAUGCUCUAGUUCCACUGUGUUGGACAGUUACAAAUUUUUUCUCCGCAAAAAAAUUGAAGUGUAGCCAUUUUGCGUAAUUAGAAGAAAUGUAUGUCAAAAUAUGUCAAAACAUCAAAUCUAAUAAAAGAAUGCUAUGUAAACUGG